AUGGAUGUUCAGAAGAGUGGGGAUGAAGCUGUGGUUGUUGUAGAUACCAACAGUUGGGUGGCCACGAACAAAAAAGGCUUUGUGCCUCCUGUCUGUAACAAAUGCAUGUAAGAUUACUGUACUUUUACAAUUUUUUUGAAGGUUUUCCGACUUUUUAAAAGUCUUUUUUGUUGGUGGACCAAACAGUCGUGAUGAUUAUCAUAUUGAGGAAGGUGAAGAAGUAAGUCAUGUUCCUAUUAGAUGUUACAUUACCCUAACUUAUCUCAUUACUUAAUUGCACUACUUAUGGUGUGCUUAUAAGUUUAAUAAAACGAUUUAAUUUUAUAUCAACGUUUGUACUUGUUAUCUUGUUUUUCAGCUGUUUUAUCAAAUAAAAGGUGAUAUGGUUUUGAAAGUAAUAGAAGACGGAGUUCCCAAGGAUGUGCGUAUCAAAGAAGGUCAGGUGUUUUUGUUGCCAGCACGUGUACAACACUCUCCACAACGUUUUGAAGGCACGUUGGGAUGUGUUGUUGAACGUGAAAGGAAACAAGAUGAAUUUGAUUGUGUUAGGUAAGCUGAGUCAUAUAAUCAUCGUUCUACACAGAAAUAAUAAAAAAUAAGAUUAAAAUUACGUAUUUUACAGUAUAUUAUUGUUUUUCAAAAACGUUUCUUACAAUAAAACACAGAAAAAUUGUUAUAUUAUACAGAUACUUCGUAAAAGGUAAGCCCAUCCCCACGCCUUUAUGGGAGCGGUGGUUUCAUCUGAACGAUGUGGUCAAAGAUCUACCUCCAGUAAUCAAAGAAUUCAACGAAAGUCAAGAAAAGUUUACAAACACUCCAGGGGACAGUAGUUUUACAACGAAAGCAGCGUUUAAGCCCAGUAAAGUAGAGCUGGUAGAACCUAUAACACUAUCCAAGUUUAUUAAUGAAAAUAUUGACAAGAUCAAGUGAGUUGACAGCACUUAUCAUAUACCAGAAAACAAGCAAUUUAUUUAUUAAAAGUGUAGGAGCAGGCUAAAAAAGUGGUUUUUUUAAAUUUUAAUUAUAUUUUUGAAAAUUUUAAGAGUUACAAAUGCUUUAUUUUAUAUUAGUAAUGAAACUAGGGUCAAAACAAUUUAGUGUCAAUCUAGAAACAUGUAUUGAAAUGUGGUAGUUGGCAUCACUCGGUUACACCCCCAACUCUAUUUUUGACUUAUUCAGUAAACAGUUGACAAACUGCGCACAUGUCUAAUGUUACAAUGACCUUUUGGACUUUGUAAAUGUAACUAAUAAGGUUUACUCUGUAAAAAAACUUUUCUCAUCAAUAUUUCUUCAAAAAACUUAUUUUACAAAAUGCAUUUUACAAAAAAAUUAGUAUAUUAUAAUAUAUUAUAUGUUAUUUCAGCGCUUCUUCAGUUGUACUUUUCAAAGAACAAUCGACCAGUACGAGUACUGUAUUGUUAGGUAAAGGAGAACACAACCUAGACAGUGGUAAUACUGAGCUUUUACUAUUGUUUGAACGAGGACAAGGAACUCUGAAAUACGGUAGCGAAGAGUUUACUGUGCCUACGUUCAACACGGUAAGAAUCAAACCGAAUAGCAAGGCUACAUUGACUAUCACUGAUGGAAUUUGCUUGACUUUUAAGUUUACUUAA